CGUUACGGAUGGCGUGCUGGUUGGGUUCUGGUGAAAUAUCGGUCUUAGAUACGUGAUACCAGCUGUUCUUGUCUUAGAUUUCAUAUCUGUACCAACGUAAAAGAGCUAGUUAGCUGAAAGAUAUGAUAGGUGUUGCCGGAAUCGACUGUAUCCGCAAGCUAAUGCGGUUUGCUCAUCCCUGCCUGAGAGGAGGGAGACAUGUUUACCACUACAGAUGGUACUCAGGGAAGUCUAGAACAGAGAUCGUCGAGGCUGAGAUGACCAGAAUACGGAAUAUAGGCAUCAUGGCACAUAUAGAUGCAGGGAAAACCACCACCACAGAGAGAAUGCUGUAUUAUACAGGCUUUACCAGAGCUUUGGGAGAUGUUGAUGAUGGUGACACAGUGAUGGAUUACAUGAGUCAGGAGAGACAGCGGGGUAUCACUAUCCAGUCUGCUGCCAUCUCCUUCAACUGGAAGAACCACAGGAUCAACCUCAUUGAUACACCUGGCCAUGUUGACUUCACAGUGGAGGUGGAACGCUCUCUCAGGGUUCUAGAUGGAGCAGUGGCUGUCUUUGAUGCAUCAGCUGGUGUGGAAGCACAAACGCUGACAGUGUGGAGACAGGCAGACAGAUACUCUAUCCCAAGGAUUGCUUUCCUCAACAAAAUGGACAAGACUGGAGCAAGCUUGGAGUAUUCCAUCAACUCAAUCAGAGACAAGUUGAAGACUGUUCCUCUAGUGCUCCACCUACCCAUUGGCAUAGAGAAGACUUUCAAUGGAAUGGUGGACUUGGUGUCCAUGGAGAAGUUAGCAUGGACCCUUGGGCCAGGGAAUGAUGGGUCAGUGUACCAGACUACACUGCUGCAGGACGUGGAUGAUGCACAACUCCAGGAGAGAGCAUUGGAGGAGAGGGCUAUCCUGAUAGAGCAGUUGGCUGAACUGGAUGACAAGAUGGCAGAUUUGUUACUCAGUGGAGAUGGCACAUGUGACCUGGGGUCCAUUCCUGCUGAAGAAGUCCAUAUGGCCUUGCAGAGAGUUACCCAAGCCCAGACUGGUGUGCCUGUGUUGUGUGGCAGUUCCCUAAAGAACAAAGGUGUCCAGCCCCUGCUGGAUGCCAUCAUCAGGUACCUGCCUGACCCACAGGACAAGGGGAAGGAGCUGGAGCAGCUGUAUGAAGAUAGCCUGUGUGCGUAUGCAUUCAAGAUUACUCAUCAUAAGCAGCGGGGACCCCUGACCUUCCUAAGGAUCUACUCAGGCACCAUCACACCACAGUCCACCAUCUACAAUGUCAGCAGAGACUGCACAGAACGUGUGAACAGACUACUGCUGGUGUUUGCUGAUGAGUACAGAGAAAUGUCCUCCAUGUCUGCUGGCAACAUAGCCAUGGUGGUGGGGCUAAAACAGACAUACACAGGAGACACGCUUGUGUCCUCCCCAUCUGCAGUGGUAUCAGCCAAGAAAGUAAGAGGUCGGCUGCAGGAGGAAGGACAGUCCAUAUCUGUUAUGGGGGACGAGGAUGCCCCAGUGCUUGCAGGAUUGGAUGUUCCUGAACCUGUCUUCUUCUGCACAAUAGAAGCACCAUCAAUGUCAAAACAACAGGAGCUGGAUGCUGCUUUGGUCAAUCUUCAGAAAGAGGAUCCAAGUCUACAUGUCAAAAUAGAUCCUGAAACUGGACAGACUGUUUUAUCAGGGAUGGGUGAACUGCACCUGGAGAUCAUACAUGACAGGAUCUUAAAGGAGUACAACCUGGAGACUCACCUGGGGCCUCUACAGGUAGCCUACAGGGAGACAGUGGGUGGCACGGCUCAGGAAACAGUGACUGUGGACCGGGUUCUUGGUGCCCAGAAGCACCAUGCUGUAGUGACUGUCUCCGUACAGCCAGAGGAGGCAGAUGGCCCGACAAGGGAUGUUGCAGUAUACUUUGGACUAGACAGAAGGAAAGUGAACAAGGAUGUUCUAACAGCAGUGAAAACUGGCAUUGCAUCAUCUUGUACCCAAGGUCCCUUGUUAGGCUAUCCUGUGGUGGGUGCAAAGGUGACUGUAGAGUCCAUCGAGGUUGGCCCAGGGACAUCUCUGGCAAUGGUGUCAGCAUGUGCAGCACAGGCAACACAGAAGGUUUUAAAGAAGAGUGGUGGGAAAAUAUUAGAACCAAUGAUGGUGCUGGAGAUCACCACAGAUGAAAGCCACAUGCGGUCCGUUCUGGCCGACCUUUCCCAGAGGCGUGGUCGUGUGACAGAGGUUCAGAGUCGGGCAGAGACCAGGGUGGUAAAGGCAGAGGCACCGCUAGCAGAACUCAUGGGCUACUCCACAGCAAUACGAACUGUGACCUCUGGACAGGCGACAUUCACCAUGGAGCUGUUCAGCUAUGAGGAGAUGACCUCACUGGACCAGAACAGACUCCUCAAGAAAAUGACAACUUUCAAUGUUGAAGGAUCUUGACAAAAGUCAUUUUCCUGAAGGGGGAUGUCCCUGUAGCUCAACUAGUAGCAGCCUCACAGCUGAACUUCUGGUUCUAAUUAGUGGAUGACUGGGCGACUGCCACUCAAUCCUGGGAAGGGCAUCCCAGGUGCAGCUGUACCUGUCUUUUAGAAGGGAUAUAAAAUGGCGGUUCUGCCUUCCCUGUAAAGAUAUACCCUUCCACUAAACAGCAAAGAAACUUGCUGCCGUACGUACAUAUACCACUUGGCACUACAAGGGUCUGAACAAAGGAAUGGACAUUAUCCUGAAAUUAAUUUUAUUGCCAUGUGGACUGCUUGUUGUAGACCACACAUAGUGAGUAAAUUAGAUGAUUCUGCAAAGAUUUUACCAUACAAAAAGUGGAAUUGAAGAGUGUAAUCUCAUCUCUUUUGCAUAUCAAUUCUUAGUUAUGAUAUAAAAUCUGGUCUCCAACAAGAUCUACAUGUACUAAGUUGGAGUCACUGACGAAGGAUAAUGGAUGUCAUCUGACACGUCUGACCAUUUCCAAAAUCAUAUCCAGUUGCUUGAGUAAUUGCUAUUUGACAUUGAACCAUAAUUAUACAAAACAAUUAUCAUAUAAUCAAUUACACCAUCAUCAUUAAGCACAGCUUUCAUUGGUAAUUUACUGACAUGCACAAAGAAAUACUUAUGACACAUUCAUUACAGUGUGUUGCAGAGACAUUUGUACAAUGAUUGCAUCAUUAAAGACAUAAAAUUGUA